AUGUCUCAGCCAUCGAAACGUGGCGCCGAAUAUGAUCCACCAAAGAAGAAGAAGCGGUCGCUUGGCCAUUUCCCAUGUCGUCAUUGUGACAAGGUGUUCACCCGCUCUGACCAUUUAGCCAGACAUAAUCUUAACCAUGAGCCAAAGGAGGUUUAUAUUUGUGACUUUCAAAUCGAAAUCAAUGGAAAAUUGCAACCAUGUGGCAAGAGAUUUGUUAGAAAGGAUUUGAAAGAACGUCAUCUCAAGAGACAUUACGAAUUACAAGAACUAGAUGCAUCAGGAAAACAUCUGGGGGUUUAUAAUUAUACUACUCCAUCCGUGAAUGAAUCGACGCCCGAGGGGUCAACUCAGGUAUUCCAGCGACCAACCACCACCAAUUCAUCAAUGCAGUCUCCUCAAUAUCCAUUGACAACCAAUUUAGCUACCAACACAAUGCCCCCUCAGUUUGAUCUAGACUCAUUAAGAAACAAUGGCACAACAUUGCCUCAAAAUGACAUUUUAACCUGGCUAUUUGACAUUCCUCAGUUUGAUUACAACUUGCACAGAGACAAUUCUCAAAGAACAAAUUUACCACCACCAUAUCAACACCCAUUACAACAUAAUGGAUCACCACCAUUUGUCCCACCUCCUCCACCAUUGGGCACGCUAGAAGACCAACUUGUUACUGCAUACGAUUUCAAUGUUUUCCCCAACGAAAACAACCCUUUAGAUGACUUACUAUCGAGACAAGUAAUAAUGAAAGAAGAUCAGAUGCGGAAACUAUCACAAGUCAGUGAUAGCUUGCCCACUUAUCUGAGUAUCACUUCAAACUCGUCACCUGCCACCAGUGAUACCAUCUUAGGACACGACGCUCAAGCAAGAGACACUGAAGACAGUAUUGAUUUUGAUCUUUUGGGGAUUACAAACUUGUUAGAGCUUAAUGUCGAGCAAGUGUUUGAAAUUUGCAAUGCAAAACGUUUGUCAAUAUAUUUCAAAAAUUAUUGGUCUACAUUUCAUCCUCAAUUCACUUUUAUGCAUGGCCCAUCAUUUGAUUUAAAGUCACAUCCACUUCUUUUAGCAUCGAUGAUCAUUGCCGGUGCGACGAGUUUUAAUAGUGGAGAAACUACUGAGCACCUGAUAGCACAACUAUUUGCAGAGGAAUUGCGUUAUGCUAUAUUCAAGCAUGAAGAUUUCCUCCAACUGAGGCCAUGGGUGAUACAAGCGUUGAAUAUACUUGAAUGGGUUGAGAAAAAUUUCUUAUCCAGAAGGUUUCAUCAACGAGGGCAUGUCCACCACGGUGCUACUGUUCAACUUUUACGGAGAAGUCCCAUGAUGGGAGGAAACCCUUCGGCUGUGAAACGAGCUACCAGCAAUGGAUCAACCUCAGCUGAGGAAAGCGAUUCCAACGUUGAAGAAGAAGUCAACACUGACAUGGAUCUUUAUAUACGAUGGGUGGAAUCUGAAUCAAUGCGAAGAAUUACAUUUAUGACGUUUUAUUUGGAUAUCACUGAUUACGUCAAAUUUAGGCACAACCCGCUUAUUGAGUUCAGUCAGCUCCAACUACUUAAUCUUCCAUGUGAUGAGCGCCUUUGGGAGUCCAUGUCAAUUAAUGGAUCAUUCAAAAAGUUGGCAAAACUUCAAAAGAAACUACAAACAAAACAAAAGACUUUUUUAACUGGAUUGAAAGAGCUUUUGAGAGGACAGUACCAAGCGUUGAAAUCUUAUCCUCUUUUCACCCAAAAGGUGCUUUUGGCUGGAUUAGUAUCGCUAAUGUUUCUGCAAAGUGAAAUGAAUAAUUCAUUAUUCAGAGUCAAUUCUAACAAGUCAUGGAAAGAUAAUGUAAUGACUACUUUUGAAUCAUGCCUUGAUAUUGUCCUGAAACUCGAUUACAAGUCGAUAUACCGGCCAUUUGACGUUUUCCACCUUGCUAGAAUAAUGGCAUGCGAUAUUAAUCACUACGAUCUUGCAAUUUUUGCUGGUGCUCCUGCUAAUCAAAGUGUUGCUGCUACAAAAAAGGAUAAAAGAAUUGUUGAACGCAAAAUGAAGAACGUUUGGUCUCACCAAAGAAGCCUCGAAUGUGUUGUUCAAAGCUACAAGUUUUUGUGGGAGGUUUUGUUGAAUGAGAAUAAUUGGGAUUCAAAUAAAAGUAGCGAUUGCUCAUUCACAUUGAGUCACGCGAUGUUGAUGUUGUGGUCAUAUUGUUUCGUAGUGUGUGGGAAGGAAAGCUCAUUGUAUCAGGAGUUUCCCCAAGAGGUUACAUAUAAUCAAAUGGCUGCAUUAAGUGCAGAAGAAGGGUAUCAUUAUUUAUCUAGAACAAGGGAGGAAUUUUACAAGGGGGGUUGCAGGUUGUCCUCCAUUACAAACAAGAAAAACAUUUCUGGAUUGUGUUUUCUAGUUGGAUCAAAAUUGAAAAUUAGUCAUUGGGAAGUGUUGAGAGAAUAUGCAAAAUUAAUUCUAAAUUGUGGUUUCAGAUCAAUUGGGAAAGAAACUGUCUUGUGUUUAGAUCUCUUUGAUAAUUGA